UGACAGUAUGUCACGGCCUGCUGUUGAAAGUAAUUUAAAAAGGCUGGCUGGGCAAACGCACCAAACUCAGAUCUGUGCAAGUCAUCGUAAACAUGUCCUCUAAUGUGCAUGGAGUGAAGAAGGUCAAGACCAAUGAGGAGCUUGCACAAGCUCGUAAGCAGAAGGAAGCUGUAAAGAUAAAGGAAUACAAUGAUCUUGUGAGCAGAUGUAAAGAAGAGGUGGAAGCCAAGCACUUUGAGUUUUCGACCCUGCGACUGACGAGCGAUAUAUUGCAAUUGAACCCGGAUUACUACACAAUUUGGAACUACCGACGUGAGAUAUUACUGCAAGGCAUAUUUCCGACCAUGGAUGAGGAGGCCAAGCAGCAAGUUUUACAGCAAGAGCUUGAGUUCUUUAUGCAACUCAUUCGUAUCAAUCCAAAGUCAUAUUCGAUGUGGAAUCAUCGACGAUGGUGCUUGUCAGUUAUGUCAAAGCCUGAUUGGCAGCAAGAGUUUAAGCUCGUCGGCAAGAUGCUAGAUCUUGACGCACGUAAUUUCCACGGGUGGAGCUACCGACGCAAUGUUGUUGCAAACAUCAGGGAGCAGCAACUGGAUACCAAAGAAAUUGAUACCAAAGAGUUCGAGUACACGUCUACAAAGAUUAAGCAGAGCUUUUCCAACUAUUCGGCGUGGCACUAUCGAUCAAAAGUGCUGCCCUCUAUUUUGAAAGAUAUGACGGAUGAAGAGCGUACAGCUGUCGGUAAAAAAGAGCUCGAUUUAAUCAAGAAUGCACUGUAUACUGAGCCAGAUGAUCAGUCUGCUUGGCUCUACUAUUGGUGGCUAGUUGGCAGAGUCCCUUCUCAUGUGCAGAUAGUGGGUGCUUACUCGGUUUCUAAAACGCAGUUCCUGUUUGUGGUGUUUGAUGACGAGGUUCAGUUGGCUGGAGAUAUAGCCGUGCAAGAUGAGCAGAACAACAAGGUCAACGGCAGCUGCUAUUUUCAACCACCAACGAUGCCAUCCCCGUUACAUUCUUGGAUGAUGAAGCACUGGCAAUUCUCAUUCAGCAACUGGAUUCAAGUAGCCUGAAGGACACCAUUACCACCUCAUCUAUUGAGCAAAGCGAUCAAACGGAGACGUAUACCCUUUGGCAAAAAGACGACCACGAAUUACUUUUGGUGGGAGAAAUUGAAUCACUGGAAGAAUUACUGGAUCUGGAACC